GUCCCGCCCAAGUUUGGUUUUGUGCGGCAUUAAGACAAGUUUCUGCCUCCUUGGGGAGGCGAAACACUUCUUUCCAAGUACUUGAUUUGGGCUCGAGUUUCCUCCCUGUGUCCUGAGUCUAUAGACGUUUCCUGAUCUCGCCGUUUUCACAACCCUUAGAAAAAAUGUGUAUCGAUCUAAGAUCAAAUUCCACCUGGCCCAGGAAGCUGGGAAUCUCAUUGGGCUUGUCCCAGCCUCCCAGAGCCUUUGGUUGCUGGAAGGAAGACAGGAUGGAUCUGGUGCAGAGAAAAUGCCUUCUCCAUGUGGCUGUGAUGGGUGCUCUUCUGGCGGUGGGGGCCACAGAAGGACCCAGAGACUGGCGCUGGCAUGGUAUCUCUAGACAGCUCAGAACUAAAGCCUGGAAUAGGGAGCUAUAUCCAGAGUGGACAGAAAUCCAGCGCCCUGACUGCUGGAGAGGUGGCCAGGUGUCCCUGAAGGUCAGUAAUGAUGGGCCUACGCUGGUCGGGGCAAAUGCCUCCUUUUCCAUUUCCCUGCACUUCCCUGAAAGCCAAAAGGUGAUGUCAGAUGGGCAGGUCAUCUGGAACAACAACACCAUCAUCAAUGGGAGCCAGGUAUGGGAAGGACAGCCAGUAUACCCCCAGGAACCUGACGAUGCCUGCAUCUUUCCUGAUGGAGAGGCCUGCCCAUCUGGCCCUUGGUUUCAGAGGAGAAGAUUUGUUUAUGUCUGGAAGACCUGGGGCCAAUACUGGCAAGUUCUGGGGGGUCCAGUGUCUGGGCUGAGCAUUGAGACAGGCACAGCAGAGCUGGGCAUACAUACCAUGGAAGUAACUGUCUACCACCGUCGGGGAUCCCAGAGCUACGUGCCCCUCGCUCACUCCCGCUCAGCCUUCACCAUUACUGACCAGGUGCCAUUCUCUGUGAGCGUGUCCCAGCUACAGGCCUUGGAUGGAGGGAACAAGCGCUUCUUGAGAAAUCAACCUUUGAUCUUUGCCCUCCAGCUCCAUGACCCCAGUGGCUACUUGUCUGGGGCAGACCUCUCCUACACCUGGGACUUUGGAGACAGUACUGGAACCCUGAUCUCUCGGGCACUUGUGGUCACUCACACUUACCUAGAGUCUGGCCCAAUCACUGCCCGAGCGGUGCUUCAGGCUGCCAUUCCUCUCACCUCCUGUGGCUCGUCCCCAGUUCCAGGCACCACAGAUGGGUAUGUGCCAACUGCAGAGGCCCCUGGCACCACAGCUGGGCUAGUACCUACAGCAGAAGUUGUAGGUACUACACCUGGUCAGGUGCCAACUGCAGAGCCCUCUGGAACCACAGCUGUACAGGUGCCAACAACAGAGGUUAUAGGUACUGUAUCUGUACAAGUGCCAACUGAAGAGGGAAUAGGUACUACACCUGAGCAAGUACCAACCUCAGAGAUCAUAGGUACCACACUUGCAGAGAUGCCAACUGCAGAGGCCAUAGGUACACCUGAAGUGUCAACUGCAGAGCCCUCUGAAACCACAGUUGCACAGGUAACAACUACAGAGUUGGUGGAGACCACAGCAGGAGAGGUACCCACACCUGAGCCUGAGAGUCCAGAUGUCAGCUUGUCCAUGCCUACGGAAGGUAUUACAGGCUCCCAGAGCCCCCUGCUGGACAGUACAGCCACCUUAAACCUGGUGAAGCGACAAGUCCCCUCGGAUUGUGUUUUGUAUCGAUAUGGCUCCUUUUCCCUCACCCUGGACAUUGUCCAGGGUAUUGAGAAUGCUGAGAUCCUACAGGCUGUGCCAUCUAGUGAAGGAGAUGCAUUUGAGCUGACUGUGUCUUGCCAAGGCGGGCUGCCCGAGGAAGCCUGUAUGGAUAUAUCAUCACCAGGGUGUCAGCCCCCUGCCCAGCGGCUCUGUCAGCCUGUGCUACCCAGCCCAGCCUGCCAGCUGGUUCUGCACCAGGAACUGACGGGCGGCUCAGGGACCUACUGCCUCAAUGUGUCUUUGGCUGAUGCCAACAGCCUAGCAAUGGUCAGCACCCAGCUUGUCAUGCCUGGUCAAGAAGCGGGCCUUGGGCAGGCUCCCCUUCUCAUGGGCAUCUUGCUGGCAUUGAUGGCUAUGGUGCUUGCAUCUCUGAUAUAUAGGCGCAGACUUAUGAAGCAGGGCUCCUCAAACCCCCUUUCCCAGCUGCCACACAGUAGCACCCACUGGCUGCGUCUGCCCCGGGUCUUCCAUUCUUACUCCAUCGGAGAGAACAGCCCCCUUCUCAGUGGGCAGCAGGUCUGAGUACUCUCAUGUGAUGCUAUGAUUUACCCAGGUGGACAGCAAUGCCUACCUUUUUUUCCAUUCUCCCCUUGGAGACUACCACUACCUGAAAUAAAUACUCAGAACCA